GUUUAUUUUAUUUUAUUUUUUAAUUUGGAGACUUGUGGAGACGUGAACAUAGUUUUAUGCUUGAUUUUGCAGAUUAUCACCUUAAGCGCUUCAGCUAAUAAGUUGUCAAAGUUACAAGAACGUGCAGAGGAAUAUGCUGCCCUUAUCAUGGAGGAGCUGGAUCCGGACAACUUUGGAUACAUUGAGUUGUACAACUUGGAAACGCUGCUUCUGCAAGCGCCAGCACAAUCAACCCACAUAACCACGGAUAGUAGGGUGCUGAGCCAAAUGCUGAGCCAGAGAUUAGUCCCUACGAAAGAGUACAACCCCGUCAAACGUGGAUUUAGGGCGGUGUCAUACUUCGUGCAGGACAAUUGGAAACGCCUUUGGGUCAUAGCCUUGUGGCUUUCCAUUUGCGCUGGUCUAUUCACUUGGAAGUUCAUCCAAUACAAGCACCGCGCGGUGUUCCAUGUCAUGGGCUACUGUGUCACAGUGGCUAAGGGGGGCGCAGAAACAACCAAGUUCAACAUGGCCUUGAUCUUGUUGCCUGUAUGCAGAAACACCAUCACUUGGCUCAGAAGCAGGACCAAACUAGGAGCAAUAAUUCCCUUUGAUGACAACAUCAACUUUCACAAGGUUGUAGCCUUCGGCAUUGCAAUUGGUGUAGGAUUGCAUGCGAUUUCACAUCUCACGUGCGAUUUCCCAAGGUUGUUGCAUGCCACGGACGCAGAAUACGAGCCCAUGAAGCCAUUUUUUGGGGAUGAUAGACCCAAUAACUAUUGGUGGUUUGUGAAAGGAACUGAGGGAUGGACUGGGGUGUUGAUGGUGGUGCUUAUGGCUAUAGCUUUCAUUUUGGCACAACCAUGGUUCCGAAGGAACAGGCUAAAUCUCCCUAAAUCCCUCAAGAAGCUCACCGGUUUCAAUGCCUUUUGGUACUCCCACCACCUUUUUGUAAUCGUCUAUGUGCUUUUCAUCAUUCACGGAUACUUCCUAUACCUUAGCAAAAAAUGGUACAAGAAAACGACAUGGAUGUAUCUCGCCGUUCCCAUGAUACUAUACGGAUGCGAAAGGCUACUUCGCGCGUUUAGAUCUCGCCACAAAUCUGUGAGAAUUCUCAAGGUUGCUGUGUACCCAGGAAAUGUUCUAGCAUUGCAUGUGUCUAAACCACAAGGAUUUAAGUACUCUAGUGGACAGUAUAUAUAUGUUAACUGUUCAGAUGUUUCCCCAUUUGAAUGGCAUCCCUUUUCUAUUACAUCAGCUCCGGGAGAUGACUACGUGAGUGUUCACAUUCGAACUUUAGGUGAUUGGACAUCACAACUGAAAGCUGUUUUCGCCAAGGCAUGUCAACCAGCAAACGAUGGCCAAAGUGGUCUUCUACGAGCUGAUAUGCUACAAGGCAACAACAAACCAAGGAUGCCAAGGCUAUUAAUUGAUGGACCAUACGGAGCUCCGGCACAAGACUACAAAAACUAUGACGUGAUCCUUCUUGUGGGGCUUGGAAUCGGUGCCACCCCUUUGAUCAGCAUACUGAAAGACGUGCUAAACAAUAUCAAGCAAAAUCAAGACGUAGAAGAAGGAGUGGUGGAAAGUGGCGUUAAGGACAACAAGAGAAAAGCUUUUGCCACGAAGCGAGCUUAUUUCUACUGGGUUACCCGUGAGGAAGGUUCCUUUGAAUGGUUUAAAGGGGUGAUGAAUGAGGUGGCAGAGAAUGACAAGGAAGGAGUCAUUGAGCUUCACAAUUACUGCACAAGUGUAUACGAAGAAGGAGACGCUCGGUCAGCUUUGAUCACUAUGCUUCAAUCCCUUCACCAUGCCAAAAGUGGUGUGGAUAUAGUAUCGGGAACAAGGGUAAAGACGCAUUUUGCAAGACCAAACUGGCGCAAUGUCUUUAAACAUACAGCCCUCAAACACCCUGACAAAAGAGUUGGUGUUUUUUACUGUGGGGCGCAUGGAUUGGUUGGGGAACUGAAAAGGCUUUCUCUGGACUUUUCCAGGAAAACCAGCACCAAGUUCGAUUUUCACAAAGAAAAUUUUUAGAUUCUUUUCACUUAUGUUGAUAUUGUUUUUUGGUAAAUGUAUUCAUAUAUAGAUUAUAGUUGGAUUAUUUUUUGUUGUAGCGGUGGUAUAUAGCUAGCUGCAUUAUGAUACAUGGAAUUUACAUGUAUCUAGAAGUUGUAUUUUCUUUUUAAGUAGUGUGUAGUCCUGAUAUGUUGGUCUUUCAUACUAUCACUUCAAAUGGUUACUGUAAUUGUUUUGUAAUAUAAGCCAAACUUCUUAGUUUA